AACGUUGUAGGUUUGCUUGCAGGCUUGCAGCAGAAGAACCCCCACCUCUGUUUGCCCAAAACUAUUCCGUCAUUAUUUCUUCAAACGCUGCGUUUCGGUCGAUCUCUGAGCUCAAGGCCUCUUCCUUCCAGCUGUUGUGAAGCCAAUAUUGGACUUCAUCAACCUGCCUUAAGUGAUGGAAGUAUCAAAUUUUGCAAAAUGUUCAUCCCGAUAAAUCAAACGGGCAAGAACCAAAAUUCAUCACUUCAGUGGGGCCACUCCCAUUUCGGUCACUGGCUACCUUGUGUUCUUAGAGGCCAGUGCUCUGUUCCUACACAGCAGAAGGGACAUGCUGGGAAUUUCGUACGGGGAGUUCUUCCUCUUAAUUGGAGCCACUGCUGCCUUGGUUGGUCCUAAGGAUCUCCCUAUGAUUGCAAGAACAGCAGGGAGGUUAGCUGGUCGAGCAAUUGGCUAUGUUCAAUUGGCUCGCGGGCAAUUUGAAAAUGUCAUGCAACAGUCUCAAGCUCGCCAGGUUCACAAAGAACUACAAGAUACAAUGGCACAACUAGAUGCGAUCCGCUAUGAAAUCCGAAGUUUAUCUCUAAUGAAUCCUGGUCCUAUGACUCGAAGGUUGAUGGAGAAUUCUCUGGAGACUACUUCUCAUAGCAAUGACAAUGCUGUACCUGAGAAGCAGGAAGAGCAGAAGGCAAAAAAUGUGGAUCAAAGUUUCAAAACCUCAGGUUCAAUUAAUUUGCAUAGCCAAGCAACCGCCUUUGCAAAAUUGGCUGAAUCUGCAGCUCAGAAGACCGGCCCUUUGAUGAGCAGCGCAGAGAUGGAGAAGCUUGAUGAUGAAACUGGUCUUUUAGCUGUUCUUCCAGUCUCAGCUGAAAGUGCUGGUUUGCUACCAAAUCGUAAAGAUAGCAUGAAAGGGUCAGACAUUGUGUUGGAAGCAAUACUUGAAGCAGAAGUAGCACACAGUGCCAAAGAUUUCUUUUCACAGCCCCAGAAUCAAAUACUUGUGAAUAAAGAGGAUUCACAGGGUGGGAGAGAGUGAUCUUAUACCACGUGCACCUCCAUUUAUGAAUAUGAACAUCAGAUUAUGAACAUCAGGUUAUUCCACGUGCAUAACCAACACAAAUGAGUCAUCAAGUUUAUGAAUAUGAACAUCAGAUUAUGCUCAUGUAAGCCUGUUGCUGCAGGAAAGAUGGGUUUUGGAUGAGAUAAGAAGGCAAGUUGCAGGUUUUUGUCCAUGUGGUUUGCUCUGACAAAUCUAAUCAAACAGUCGAUCUUGCAGCGGGGGGAGGUGCUAUGUGGUCAAUCAGCAGAAUAACUUUGGAAUUUUUCAAAGAAAACGAGCAUGACGCAAUGCCCGUGUAAGGUUAUUUUGAGUACUGAGAGACCAGAAUUUGGAUGUGAUGGGAGAGUGACAAAUGCUGAGAGAGAGAGCUCUGCCCCACACAUGCAUAUGUGCAGUUGUGGUGGCCGGGACCGAAAUUGGUUCCUUGCGAAGGCCUUGUUAUGGGUGUGUAAACUGUCCAUCAGAACAUGAAUCUGAUUUCUGGUGGGGACCCACCAUUGUUCUUUUCAGGGACCUCCACCUUUACCACCAGAAUUACAGUUUAUUUAACCGUUAUUGCGAGUUGAAUCA